UUGGUGGCCCACGGGCGUAUGGCCGAGAAGGAAGCCCGGAGAAAGUUCAAGCAAAUCGUGGCUGCUGUCAACUUCUGUCACUGUCGGAAUAUAGUCCACAGAGAUCUGAAGGCAGAAAACCUGCUCCUGGAUGCAAACCUUAACAUCAAAAUAGCAGAUUUUGGGUUCAGCAACAUCUUCACACCCGGUCAGCUGCUGAAAACCUGGUGUGGGAGCCCUCCCUAUGCUGCUCCCGAGCUCUUCGAGGGAAAGGAAUACGAUGGGCCCAAGGUUGAUAUUUGGAGCCUCGGCGUGGUGCUGUACGUGCUGGUGUGCGGCGCUCUGCCCUUCGACGGGAGCACGCUGCAGAACCUGCGCGCCCGGGUGCUCAGCGGGAAGUUCCGCAUUCCCUUCUUCAUGUCCACAGAAUGUGAACACCUGAUCCGCCACAUGCUGGUCUUGGACCCCAGCAAGCGGCUCUCCAUGGAGCAGAUCUGCAAACACAAGUGGAUGAAGCUCGGGGAGGCUGAUGCCGAGUUCGACAGGCUGAUAGCAGAGUGCCAGCACCUCAAGACGGAGAGGCAGAUGGAGCCGCUGAACGAGGACGUGUUGCUGGCCAUGGCGGACAUGGGGCUGGACAAGGAGCGUACCAUCCAGUCGCUGAGAGCCGAUGCCUACGAUCACUACAGCGCAAUCUACAGCCUGCUCUGCGACCGCCUCAAGAGGCACAAGAACCUGCGCAUUGCGGCAUCUCCGAGUAUUCCCCGGACCAUGACCUUUCCCACCUCAAACAUCCAGGCAGAACAGACGGGCAACACCAUGAGCAUCAACGUGCCCCAAGUCCAGCUCAUCAACCCCGAAAACCAAAUCGUGGAGACUGACGGAACGAUGAACUUGGACAGUGACGAAGGGGAAGAGCCGUCGCCUGAAGCUCUGGUCCGUUACCUCUCGAUGCGAAGGCACACGGUGGGAGUAGCUGACCCUCGGACGGAGGUGAUGGAAGAUCUGCAGAAGCUCCUGCCUGGCUUCCCCCGCGUCACUCCCCAGGCUCCGUUCCUGCAGGUGACGCCCAACGUCAACUUCAUGCACAGCGUGCUGCCCAGGCAGGCCCUGCAGCCCACGGGGCAGCUGGAGUACAAGGAGCAGUCCCUGCUGCAGCCCCCCACCCUGCAGCUGCUGAACGGCAUGGGCCCGCUGGGGCGGAGGGCGUCGGAUGGCGGAGCCAACAUCCAGCUGCAUGCCCAGCAGCUGCUGAAACGGCCUCGAGGCCCCUCGCCGCUCGUCACCAUGACGCCGGCUGUCCCAGCUGUCACCCCCGUGGAUGAGGAGAGCUCUGACGGGGAGCCGGAUCAGGAAGCUGUGCAGAGAUACUUGGCAAAUAGGUCAAAAAGGCACACUCUGGCAAUGACCAACCCUACAGCUGAAAUCCCUCCAGACUUGCAGAGGCAGCUAGGACAGCAGUCCUUCCGACCCCGGGCUUGGGCUCCACACCUGGUACCCGAUCAGCACCGUUCCAUUUACAAGGACUCGAAUACUCUGCACCUCCCCACCGAACGCUUCUCCCCGGUUCGCCGCUUCUCUGACGGUGCUGCCAGCAUCCAGGCUUUCAAAGCCCACCUGGAGAAGAUGGGCAACAACAGUAGCAUCAAGCAGUUGCAGCAGGAGUGCGAGCAGCUGCAGAAGAUGUAUGGCGGGCACAUGGACGAGAGGACGCUGGAGAAGACGCAGCAGCAGCACAUGCUGUACCAGCAGGAGCAGCACCACCAGAUCCUCCAUCAGCAGAUCCAGGACUGCAUCCGGCCACCCCAGCCAUCUCCACCCUUGCAAGCUCCGUGUGAAAACCAGCCGGCUCUGCUCACUCACCAGCUUCAGAGGUAA